AAUGUGUAAGCCGCUCUGUAUAUCGUUAUAUUACUCUACGAAACACAUACGUCCGCGGCAGGGGCACGCUCGGUGAAGAAUCACGAAUUGCGAAAAUGAGCGCGGCCGUAGAAAACGGCGUGGACGCCUCGCGGAAGCCGCGCGGCGGCGUUUUCUCGGAGGCGUUCGCCAAACGCGCGCAGCCCCUCGAGGAAGCUCUCAAGACUUUGAAUCAUUUGAACGAGAAAGGCGAGGCGCUUGCUCUUCAAGAUGACCUCACAACGCACCCCACCCUGGCCUUGAUGCGGCGCAUCCUUGCAGAUGCACAGGCAAAAUUCCGCGUGAUGGUGGAGGAGAACGCAGCGACCGGCGCCCGGCUUGACGGCGAGCUGGAACGCGCCAGGGGCGAGUGCGCGACUCUUCGGGGUGAAUUGCGCGACGUCCGCGGCGCUCUGCCGAUCGUACUGAAUAACAACAACGCCGGCAACAACGGCGGCACCAACAGCAACAACAACCCCGGUACGGCAACCGGUGCCACCGGCGGAAACUCCGGCCAAGAAACCGAGGCUCAGCAGCAACAGGAGGACGGCAAGCGGCUCAGCGCCGGCAACAGCCCGAUCGAAAAGAGGAGCUCGGCCAGCGAUAAAUCUGCCAGUCCCAUCGACAAGAGGACUAGUCCGGUAGACAGGAAGGAUAGAACUAGCCCCAUCGAUCGGCGAGCCAGUCCCAUAGAGCGAAGAAAUGGCUCGCCCUGCCGUAGCCCGAGCGAGAAGGCCCGUCGACCGUACGCCCCCGCUUUGGAGAAAACGCGGCUGGGUGGGUCCGGCGGCAGCGUGGAUUCCCGAUCGGGUAGCGCGAGCCCGGAUCGGGGCUCAGCUAACCGGGGGGGUGGUUUUCUGCAUCGCGGCGGCAGCGACCGUUCCAGCGUGGAGCGGCUCCGGAUAUCGACUAACCGCGACUCCCUGCGAUCCAGCAAGGAGAUGAACGACCACGACCAGAAGGACGCCGAUAAGGAUCUGGUGGACGGCGACGCGCGUGGCGACGAGGACAAUGAACCGCCUGGACCGGCACCGGGUAGCAGACCGUCGUCCCCGGCUAAUUCCCUCGGAAUUGGCGAUCCGGUGGUGGCGUCCAGACUUUCCAACAUUCACGGCGGCGGGCACACAGAAUUGGCCAGCGCCAGAAGAUUGCGACUGGAGAACGAACGGCUGGUGGCCGAGGUCGCGAGGUUGAGGAGGUUGUUGCUGAGCGGCGCGGCGCGUGGCGAAGUCGGCGCCGAGGACGCCGUGAUGGAGGAGGAGGCCCGCUUCGUCGCUCUGGAAAUGGAACUGCAACACGCGAAGGAAGCGCUGCAGGCGUUGAAGACUGACCGGAAGCGUCUCAAAGCGGAGAAGUUUGAUUUACUCAAUCAGAUGAAGGCGCUCUACGGUACCCUCGAGGACAAGGAACGCGAACUUCGCGAUUUUAUACGAAAUUACGAACAGCGGAUGCGGGAGAACGAGGCGACCCUGGGACGUCUUCAGCAGCAAGGAGCCGGCAUACCGUCGGAGGAACGCGAACGGGAGAGGGAGAGGGAACGCUGGAGUCUUUUAAGGGCGGCGAGAGACGAGGCCGAUCGAAGCCUGAGCCUCGCGGCUAGUUUGGCCGACAAAGAGGCCGCCCUCUCGCACGCACACGCGACCAUAAAAGAGCUACAACGUCAGCUGGCGGAACGCGGCGGCGGCGGCGGGAUCUGUCUGAGCGAUCAGGAGUCCCUGGUGUCGUUUCCACGUGGCAGCGUAAACGGCGCCGCGACUCCCGGCGCCGGGAGUAGCAGCGGCGGUGGCGGCGGCGGUGGUAGCGGAGGCUGCGGCAUCAUUCCCCACGUGAAUUCGCAGCCUCCGUUGGGCAUCACCGAACUCGGCGUGUCCGUGGGUAACGCGGGCGUCGGCGUGGGUGCCGGAGGAUCCUCCGGCGGCCAGGCCGGCGAUCGCGGCAGCUGCAGCGCUGACAGCGGGGUCCGCGGGUCCAGCGAUCGCGAGAGCGGCGGUGCAACCAGCGUCGGCGGGAAUCUCUCGGACUCCACGACGGACGGCACGCCGACAAUUACGGUCGAGGGCAGCGGUCUCGACAUGGACAGCAUCUCCGUGGUAUCCUCCAUAGCACCACCCCAUAUAUACCAAUCUGCGACCACGCCGAAAGAUUGCAGCCCCACGUUGUCGCCGCUGAACGCAUUCUCAAGGUCCAUGGACAAUUCUUCGCUAUCACGAUCGGUCGAGCAGCUAUCCAGCCCGCUGGAAUCCGAGCCGAGGAGGAACAAACAGCCGCCACCUGUCGUCGCACCUGCCGCGCAUUCGAGAUCGUCCGCCACUCGCGGCGGCACAUGGGGAUCCAUUUCAAGAGUGUUCGCCCGUUCGCGACAUCGGAAGACGGCAAACAGUACCAGUGCUGGAAGCGGCGGCAACGAGGCUGCGGACGGCUUUGAUCCAUAUCGAUCGUGGUCACCGCUCACCGAGGAGGGUUACGCCGAAAAACUUCGUUUGCUCCGUGAAGCGGCCUCCGUGCCCAUGGAACGAUGGCGAGCUCCGACCGUUUUAGCCUGGUUAGAGGUGGCUCUCGGGAUGCCGCAAUACGGACCACGAUGCGCCGAGAAUGUGAAAUCGGGCAAGGUUCUACUCGAGCUAAGCGAUGCCGAGCUAGAGGCUGGUUUAGGUGUAACGCAUCCGCUUCAUCGGAAGAAGCUGCGUCUGGCCAUCGAGGAACAUCGGCAUCCGAGCCACGUUCGGUAUCCCUGCAUCGCCCAGCUUGGUCAUACUUGGGUCAGUUCCGAGUGGCUGCCGGAUCUCGGUCUGGCCCAGUACUCGGAGAGUUUUGCCACCAACAUGGUGGAUGCGCGUAUGCUGGACCAUCUGAGCAAGAAGGAGCUCGAGAAGCUGCUCGGAGUCACGAGGAAGUUUCAUCAGGCGAGCAUCGUUCACGGUAUUCAUCUGCUGCGUAUGCUGAAUUACGAUCGACAGGCGCUCGCUGUCAGGAGACAUCAAUGCGAGCAGGUUGACACGGAUCCUUUGGUCUGGACGAAUCAAAGGUUCAUUCGGUGGGCGAGGAAUAUCGAUCUCACGGAAUACGCCGAGAAUUUGAAAGACUCGGGUGUACACGGUGCUCUGGUUGUAUUGGAGCCGUCGUUCACCGGCGACACCAUGGCCACCGCGUUGGGCAUACCGCCGGCCAAACACAUGAUUAGACGGCACCUAACCGCCGAAUUGGAAGCGCUCGUUCUGCCAGCAAGAAGUCAGCUGGAGGUGGUCCCGAGGAACAGCACCGGCGGUGGCGGCCGUCCGAUGAGCACCGCGAGCGCGGGCGGUAGUCUUGGUCGCGGCAGCAGGGCCCUGCAUCUACAGCAUCAUCAGAGCUCGUUGUCGGCCCUUCACAUGACGGCGAAUCACACCGGCACCGUCGACAGACGCAGAUCCAGCCUCAGGACCUGCAGUCUUCUUUACUUGAAAAAGGGAUCCCUGAGCAGAGCCUUCGGUCUCCGGCCUAGAAGCGAGAAGGCAUCACCAUCGUCAUCUUCGGACACCGGCAGCCUCGCCAGCCAGUGCCAAUAUAUGAGCAGCAGCGUCCGCAGCACCUCGCCGCCGCCACCGCAGCUUCCACCGCGGCCGAUGACGACCGGCGGUGGCGGUGGCAAACGGCAUCGUCGCGUCAAGAGCAUCGGCGACAUCGAGUACAUAAGCACGGCCGCGGUGAGCACCCCGGUCUGACAGGAGGGUAGGCCCCAUUACGCGGGGCCUUACCGCAGUCUGAGCGAACGCGGUUACUCGUCCUCCUCGUCCCAGUACUCGGGCUCGUACUCGGGCUACAGCAACGUCCUGACUGGUGGCGAGCAGCAGCCGUAUCAGCAAUACCAGCAGCAGUCAGGCGGCAAUUAUUAUCACCAGUUACAGGGUGGCUAUUACUCGCCGCAGAGUUCCGGGCCGCCCUUUCCGGGGGUGCAGAGAUACGGCAGUUUGGCAGAAGAGGCAUGGUCGUCGUGCUCCGCCAAGGGAGACGCGGGUGUCUCGAAAGCCAAUCCGAGGACUUACUUGGCUUAGCUAGUCGCCGCGACGUUCAAAUCUCGUUGAACGAAUGGGUGUGACACGACCGGCACAUCUGAUGAAUUAUCUAUGAAAAAGAGUGCACACCUUGAUCUUUUUUGAGGAUUUAAAUUUUGUUUGUCUUUUAUCUCUUUUGUUAACGAUAACUCCAUAUGAAUAGCUUACGGAGAAAAAAAGCAGCAAGGUAAUAUAUUUAUUGGAGCUAAAUGCUUAAUGAAUCUCACUAUAUCAGACGCAGGCUGUAUAUGACUCAAAAAGAUGAUUAUCGACAAGCUAUUGAGAAUGUAUUAAAUGUAAGAUUCAGAUGUUUCAUGUUUCGGACGUAAGAAUGCUUCAUCGAGGUGACCUGAUCGAAUUUACAAUAAAUUUGAUAAAAGGAUCGAUGCCUGAUCCCGAUAUCCUCGGCUAAUCAUUAUUGUUACACUGAAUCAAAAUAAUUAAAUAAUCUUGUUAUGUGACGUGACAACUGUAAUAGACAAUAUGUUAACUGGAUUGAAACAAAAGUACGAGCGAUUUCGGACAUUUUACGAGAUACGAUUAUAUCCGGGAUGAUAUUCUAAUGGAUGAGUAAAUUAACCGCAGUUAUUUUAGAAUUAUUCACGAUUACAGAAUAAUUAUAUGUCGUACAAAUACCAGGUAGCAUAUCGUGACGUUAAGAGGUAUGAAAGGAGAUCUGACCAAAUUUUAUUAACACAUCGAGACAUUUAUUGAUACAUACCGACAUAUAUAUACCGACGAUAUAUAACGAGGAAAUAAAUAGAAUAAAGAAUAUACAUAUAAUUAUAUAUGGCCGUAGAUAGGAUUAAAAAAUAAGCGAAUCAACAAUUUAAUUUAUUUAAACUAUACUGCGAUGACAAUAUCUCGCAAACGUUUCGUCGGAGCAAUUUUUUUAUUUUUAUUAUCGCGAAUGACAAACUCUCUAUACGCCGAUAUUUAAUUUAGAUCGUAAAUUUAUUCUUACGUGUAAGCUAGCGCGAAAAAAUCGUCGAAGAAUAUUUUUGCUUAUGAAUCGAUCUUUAUGAACGAACGAAUAAUUUUAAAAGUUUUAACAUGGCUGAAAAUGAUGCCAACGACACAAAGUAAUAUCUUUUUCGUAUCCCUCAUAUAUGGUAUACACGUUUACGUGUACGUUUAUAUAUUACUUUCUAUGGAUAUCUACAUGAGUUUCCUACGACCAUUUAAACUGGAAAUUUUAUCAAAGCUGGAAGCGACACAUUCACUCACGUCAUACUAAAUACUCGUGUUAGAAACUAAGAACAACAUAAAAUCGCAUCUCACGAAGACAUCUAAGUCUUCCAUCAUAGUCCGCGGCUUGAUAAGAUCGAAUAUAUUCCAUUCUUCGUUAUCCAUGUAUCGAAAAGAAGAAUCGGAAAAUUCAAUUAAUGUUGCAAAAAAUUCUUUUUCUAUUACACAAGAAUCCUUGAAAUUCUAUGAAAAAAAGACUUAUCGGUAAAAGUUUGACAAAAACUUACACCUCAUAGAUCACUUU